AUGAUUAAUAAAAUAGUGCCAAAAUUAAAAAUUCUUAGAUUUAAGUCAUCAUCUGUUGGUCCAGAAUUUAAAAGUAUUGAAGAAAUUGAACAAUAUUUGAAACCAGAGAGUUGUGAAUGGUCAGUUAACGACUUUUUAAAGGUCGAUGAAUCACAACAAAGUAAUAUGGUUAUUCCCUCCAAUCAAGAUAUAUCCAGACUUUUAAAAUUGUCAGGCUUACCUCAAAUAUCAUCAGCUGAAAAACUCGAAAAAAUAAGAAAGAAUUUAUCCACACAGAUAUCGUUUAUUAACAAAUUACAUUCGGUAGAACUUUCCAAUGACAAAACAUUUAAGCCUCAACAUGCAAGAAUAUUACCUAGGGAAACAAAAAAGUUGACGCUUGAUGAUUUAAAGAAUCAAAUAGAAACAAGUGCUGUGAAUAAAGAAGCAUUGGGAGAAAUCAGUGGGUAUUGGGAUCCCACAUCUUUAGCGUCUAUUUCCAAGGAUGGCUUUUAUGUUGUUAGAGAAGGGUUAAUUAAGAACAGAAAAUAG